AAGUGGGGGGUCAAGGCACCAGAGCAAGAGCCCUCUGGGGCCUCAAGAAGAGGAGUGAAGCUGGAAUCAUCAGGGAAUAUGAGUGAAUUUUGGCACAAACUGGGCUGCUGCGUGGUAGAGAAACCCCAGCCGAAAAAGAAAAGACGACGAAUCGACCGGACCAUGAUUGGGGAACCAAUGAAUUUUGUUCACCUGACUCACAUUGGCUCUGGGGAGAUGGGGGCUGGAGAUGGACUUGCCAUGACAGGUGCAGUUCAGGAGCAGAUGAGAUCCAAGGGAAACCGAGACAGGCCGUGGAGCAAUUCUAGGGGCUUAUAGCCCCAUAGGAAUGGUUCUGCCGUCUUGAAGCCCCUGCUUUGUGUCCAGCCCAGAAGAAAUGCUGUCCCCACCAGAUCCUUCCUAGAACACAAGGGCCCUCUUUUGCCUAUCUGCCUAAUAGUGCCUCAAAAGGCAUGGGGGCUGGACUCCCUCUACUCCCUCUGGCCAUAGCCCCUCCUGGAGAUGGGGUCAAGGCAGCAGGACUGACCACAUGACUACUGUUUGGCCAGAGGAGCUCAGCUGAAGCCCUGGUACUCUAGAUCUGAGCUAGGAGUUCUCUGGGAAUCUGGAAUGAGUUCCUUUCUCCUGAAUGACGUUCUAGGUGCCACUUGUUUUUAAACUCCUGACCCGGAACUCCUUAGAUGGGGUAGGUAGGUGGGAUUAUGCAAGCUGAAGCUGGCUUUGCUGAGAAGCUCCCUACCUUCAUGCCCCUCUGUUUCCUCCUGGACUUAACUAAAGUAGAUUUCAAGCGGGGGCUGGGUGGUCACCACUGCCUGAUCAAGUCCAUUCUUUCUCUUCAGAUUUUAGACCUUAAGCUAUAGUCCCUCAAUCUCUGCCAAUACCAAGGUAUUUCCCUAGUUAGGGCUCUAAAUCCUAUGUUUCUGUAGCAUUACUAGCUUCCCAGCACCAUUCCCCUCCCUUUUUUAUUAUUAAAAAUUUAAUUUAAGACGAGUUAUUUUAAUUAUCCCCAUCUUGCUACUCCUACCUCUGCUCUUAACUUCAUCCCUGUUAGGAACCUUAUUGUUUCCUAUUGAACAAGGGUUAGGAGGUAGAUGUUGACAGCAUUCCAUUUAAGUCUUGGGGCAUCUGGCCUGCCUUCUGCCAGCCUCCCUGCUAGCCCAGGUAAGAGGAGGAAGAGAGGGGCUGGAGAGAAGGCCAUAAUGCAGCAAAACUAGGAGUUAUAUCUCAAGGUGGACUUCCUGUCCAUUAAGGAUAGGAGAAUGCUGAGAGCAGUUGUCUGUGUGCAGGGUCUUUCCUCAGCAUGGGAGCAGGAGAGGCUCUAGAAUAAGGUUCAACCAAGACACAGUUGACAUUUGGAACUAGGUAAUUUAUUUGGAGAGCUGUUCUGUGCAUUAUAUUUAGCAGCAUUCCUGGCCUACCCUAGUUAUGACAACCCCAAAAUUUUAUUGUCUCCAGAAAUUACCAGAUGUCUACUAGUGGCAAAAUUACCUACAGCUGAGAAUCAGUUCUGGAGUCAGGAUGGUUUUCCAUCUUCCACCCUUCCCUAAUCUGGUUGUUUAUCUUAAGUCUGAGCCUUGAAUGAACUACAACCCCUUAUAAAGUAGGCUCAGUAGAGCUGCACAUAA